GAUAUCAUGGCAUUGUGCCCAAAAUCCGGCCAGUGCUGCACGCGACGUCCGCGAGUUACGUCGUGUAAAUAGUUAGUCGCUUACGUGUUAUCUACGUCCUUUGAUAUCACAUCAAAUACGCGGUAAAAACUGCGCAUAUGAACGCACGGCUGUCACAAGCGAAAUAAAAGUAAUUACCACAAUAUCAGCUGAUAGUAAAUGCGAGAUGUUUUUGUCGGUUCAGUGAUGCUAUAGUGCACGCAGAUGGAUGCGGCAAACGGGCCGUCGCUGCGUUUACGCGGCGGCGUGAACAACAACUGCGAGAAUAAAAAACACGAGUUGAAUCUGUGCACCAGUGCUAUGUCGCCGGAGACGCAGCGGUUGCUCCCGCCGGUCACGGAGACUAUCAUGACGAAACCCUUCCCCAUACGAGGGGAGCGGGCCAACUAUGUAAACAUUCCUCACGUGAUCGCGAUGGUGGGGCUCCCCGCGCGAGGGAAGACCUACAUCUCCAAGAAGCUCUCACGUUACCUUAAUUGGAUAGGAAUUAACACCAGGGUUUUCAAUCUUGGCGAGUAUAGGCGUCACGCGACCACCGCGUACACGAGUCACGAGUUCUUCCGCGCAGACAACAAGGAGGCGAUGGCGAUCCGACAACAGUGCGCGUUGGACGCCUUGCACGACGUCUGCGAGUGGCUGGUCAAAGGCGGGGAGGUGGCCGUGUUCGACGCGACCAACUCGACCAUGGAGCGGCGGCGCAUGAUCCGAGACAUCGUCGUGCACAAGAUGGGCUUCAAGCUGUUCUUCGUGGAGUCCAUCUGCGACGACCCGAGGAUCAUCGAGCAGAACAUUAUGGAGGUAAAAGUGAGCAGCCCCGACUACACGAACAUUCAAAACGCUGACAACGUCCUAAACGACUUCCGUCUAAGGAUAGAGCACUACAAAGAGAAGUAUGAACCUCUGGAGGAGGCGCUAGAGUCGGAGUGCAGUUUCAUGAAGAUAUACGACACGGGGGAGAAGGUGGUGGUCCACAAACACGAGGGUCACAUACAGAGCAGGAUCGUGUAUUACCUCAUGAACAUACACAUUGUACCUCGAACCAUCUAUUUGACUAGGCAUGGCGAGAGCUUGCACAAUCUCGUAGGAAGGAUAGGCGGCGACAGCGAGUUGUCGGUGCGCGGAAAACAGUAUGCGAGCGCGCUGUCCGGCUACAUCGAGCAGCAGAGCAUCCCCGGCCUGCGAGUGUGGACGUCGUGGAUGCGGCGCGCCAUACAGACCGUGAAGGACGUUCGCGCGCCGCAGGAGCGGUGGAAAGCGCUCAACGAGAUCGACGCGGGCAUCUGCGAGGAGAUGACCUACGCGGAGAUCCAGCAGAAGUAUCCGUCCGACUUCAACGCGCGGGACGCAAACAAGUUCGCGUACCGAUACCCGCGCGGCGAGAGCUACGAGGACCUGGUGGCGCGGCUCGAGCCCGUCAUCAUGGAGCUGGAGCGCCAGGGCAACGUGCUGGUCGUUUCGCACCAGGCGGUCAUGCGGUGCCUGCUAGCCUACUUCCUUGACAAAUCCGCUGAGGACCUCCCGUACCUGCACGUCCCGCUUCACACGGUGAUCAAGCUGACGCCCGUGGCGUACGGCUGUCGGGAGGAGCACAUCACAUUGUCCGUGGACGCCGUCGACACGCACCGCCCCAAGCCCUCUGAUGACGAAGAGGACGACGUGUCAGGCGCGAACGUGAUACCCGCCCCUCCAAUCAGGCCGCCAGUACCCCCCAUCAUCAACGGGGAGACCAAUGGCGAGAACAAAGACAAUUAUAAUUAGACACAAUCGCAGAAAUUCUAUUAAUGAGACACUGCUAAAUGUUGUUUAGUUAACGUGACUCAGAGCACACGAACGAUAUAUGAUACUAGAAAACAUUUUUUUAAACAGUGAUUUUAUUAUAAUUAUUAUUAAACUACAUUGCCUGUUACGCUCAAUAAUAACUAGUGUACGCCGUUGUGAAAAACAAACAUGUAUGACUCCGAUCGCGUAGAAUUCCAUUUCGAACUCUUUACGGCAGCUGGAGGCGCCGUUCGGCGUACAAGUAUUUUCUAUACUUAAAGUGCUAAAAAGGCAUUUCCAGUGUCUUGUUAUUAGGAUUCUCAUGGACACAAUCAAUCCAUAAACAAUAUAGAGUUUAGUGACCGACCAGAAUCUGCAUAUCUUUACCGUUUUUUUCCGGCUUCAUUUAUUUCUCGUCCUAUAGAGUUUGAGUGCCUAAAGUUCUAAAUUUACCUAAGAUAUUUUUAAUUGUUCAAAUGCGUUAAUCACGCUUAAAGUUGGCAAUGAAAAAAGGUAAUUGCCUGAUUAGAUUUAUUUAUUAUUGGCAACAUUGGAAGAGAAGUUACAAGUCAUGAAAUCGGCACUGACGGGUAAGUCAAAAAUUCUAAAUUGUCCUAAGAUAUUUUUAAUUGUACAAAUGCGUUAAUCACGCUUAAAGUUGGCAAUGAAAAAAGGUAAUUGCCUGAUUAGAUUUAUUUAUUAUUGGCAACAUUGGAAGAGAAGUUACAAGUCAUGAAAUCGGCACUGACGGGUAAGUCAAUCUACUGGAAUUUAUCAAAUGUAUUGCAAAAAUUUAAAAGAAAAUCAAACAAUUGGAUUACAUAUCCGCUUUGCUCAUGCUUUUAUUAUCGUUGUCAUUUAGUUCAGUGAUAAUGCUGUACGUAAUUUUACCUGUCGUAGUUAGAAAAAAGUUUGGGUCGGUCACUAACAGUGAAUUGAUUAAUUGUAACAUAAAUAUCUUAAGACCAAUUCACGGAUAAUUUCGUACCAUGUGUUGGGAAGAAUGCACUCACGUUAUUAAUCGUAGAGAAAAAACAUAAGAAUAUUUUACCUAUCUUAUGGUUUAAUUUGAUCGUUAAAAUUGUUUCUUAUCAUGAUAUCAAGUUUACAGUGAAUCAACGUAAAACAUUUUUUUUUUUUAAUUUAAAUCUCAUUUAUGCCCGUUUUCACUGAACCUAGAAAACGCUUAAAUUGUGAACUCGCGGUGCGUAAUGUUUAGGGAUCUCGUAAACUGACAUAUGAAAAAAUUAUAAAUUAGGUGUUUUUAUAACUUUAAAUCCAUACAAAAAAUGAAAUAUAUGAUAAUACAAACAUUAAAUACCACUACCUUAUGAAAAGAAUCAUAGAUAAGUUAGCUUAUAUGAGUUGCUAAGUGAAAAUCGAUUGGUGAAAUGUACAUAUGUGCCUAGGAUCUUCUUUGAUUAGGCGUUACUUAUUUAACCAUGGCCUUGUUAGCCGUGUUCACUACACAGGCAUAAACGUUAUUGAAAGAUAAUCAUUUUUUAUUCUGUACGAUUAAAAACGUACAAGCAUUCCCGUUCUGCGGAAGUCAAAGGUAUUGAGACUGAUGAUAAGUGAGUUUAGAUUAAUAUAAAACCACAUCAUGAUGAAAGAAAUUAUAAAAAAAAAUGAAAUCAAAUUUCAUUUUCAUUCCCAUUUUUCGAUAUGCACUUACGCUUGGAGCUACAUUCUAUAGCAAAAUUAAGACAGUUAAUAAUUCUUGCCCAUAGACACGGUCACGAUACUAAAUAUCAUCUUCUUCUUCUUCUUUGGGUUAUUGGCUUUUUGUCAUGCGUGCAGGCACUGUGAAAUAUUAUAUCGCUAUAUUAUAUUAUUAUCGCUUCUCGGCCUUUUGGCUAAGAUCAAUGUGUAAAUAUCAUCUUUAGACAAGGUUUAGAAUGUUCAUGAAUACCAUAGACAAUAUAAUUUAUUGACAACCUAAACCUUGUCUAUGGGCAAAUUCUAGUGACCGUUGCUUUUGAGCACAACGAAGUUUUGAAUGUUACUUACAUUUAAAACCUUGUUGUGCUCAAAAGAUCAUAGGCAAGAAUCUAUAAAAAUGGAGCAUAGACAAGGUUUAGACAAAUAAUAAACAUUGCCUUUAAGCAAAGUUUCGAUUGUAUAUAAAUUAUUGCUUAUGGAC